AUGCCACAGGGCUGUGCCCUCAUAGAGAGACGGCAGUUUGCAAUGCCAGUUCCGGUUAUGGCAGAGUCGGUGGACCACCAGAAACGCUUCCAGGCCGCUGUCGACGUCAUUCAAAACCUUCCCAAAAGUGGUGCCUACCGGCCCCCCUAUGAAGUGAUGCUGCGGUUCUACUGCCUGUACAAGCAGGCGGUGUGUGGACCCUGCACAGUGUCUCGACCAGGCUUCUGGGACCCAGUAGGUCGCUAUAAAUGGGAUGCCUGGAGCCGAUUAGGGGAGAUGAGCAGUGAGAGUGCCAUGGCGGCGUACGUGGAUGAGAUGAAGAAAGUGGCACAAGAGGUGAUUGACACAAUGCCCAUCAAUGAGAAGACUGCAUCACUGUUCCACCACUUUGAGCCCCUUUACGUGGUCAUCCACGACAUGCCCCGGCCACCAGACAAGCUGCUGCAUCUGAGAGAAGACUUUAAGGGCAUUGACAAGGCAGCCAGUCCAAUGGAGGUUGAACAAGAGAGGGAGGCCCAAGACGAACGUGUCCCAGAUAAGGACCCUGCACUAGAUGAAGAGCCUGCCCUGGAGCAGGUGCCUGUCCCAGGAGAAGAACCCGUCAAAGAGGAGGUACCGACUCUGGGAGAGGUGGCCCUCGCAGAGAAGGUGCCCGUCCCAGAAGAGGUGCCCAGUCAGACACAACAACAACCAGUCACCUUCACCAGUGAACUUCAGGGGCCAAAUGUACAAGGCUUCCUCUUUCCAGAGCCUGUUCCUGAGCUUGGUCUGUCUGAGGCCAUGGGGUCGUCUGAGGUGUUGUUGUUGACCAGCGACUCAGAGAGUGAGAUCUUCGUUGACUCUGUGGAUUCUGUGGAAAAGCUGGUCAAUAUCAAGGUUGUCCCCAAGUCAAACGGCCUCCAUCAUAACGGCCAUGCUUACUCGGAGCCCUCCUCAGUCCAAGCCAAUCACACAGAGACGGUCUGCCAGGCAACGCAGGUGGGGGCAGGGCAAGGUGGAGAGGGGGCGGGGGAUGGAGGGGGACCGCCCAUGAGGAGGAGUCGGGAUGCAGGAAGAGACGGGAUGAGGGACCACGGAUGGAGAGAACGUGGUGUUCCCCAGGGCAGCCCCAGGCGGGCGGGGAGAGAGGCCCUGGGGGCAGGGGGAGGGGCUGGCCGAGGAGGAGGAGACGGCUCAGAAGGAGGGGCUGAGAGGCUGCAGGACAUCCAGGUGCAGCAGCAGAUCCUGCUGGCCCUACGGAGGCUCAGGGAGGACAUGCAGAGCGUCAUGGAGAGACUGGAGGCAGUGGAGAGACUAGCCGCAGCACAGGCCCAGAAUUCAGACUGGAGACCAUGUCUUCAGUGUGCUGCCUCAGCUGCCCAAUCAGAGGAGGAGAGUUGGUGGCCGUUCCCUGAAGUAUCAGGACGGACGAUGCUGCUUCUGCUGCUGUGGCCCCUGGUGGCUCAGGGCAUAGUCUUUCUACUGCGGAAGGGCCAAAAGAAGGCCCGUAUCUCUACUUGAAGCCAACAGACCACAAAGUAGUCCCAUAUCCCCCCUUAGGAAUCCAUUGGAGGAAGAAGUAUUUCUUUUUUAUUUCAAUAGGACUCUAUGGGACAACGGAGGUCGUUAGCAGAUCUGUUUUUGGUGUCUUGCAAACUCCUAUGGUCAUUGGUGUGACAAUGACCAUAGGAGACAGCACAAACAUAUAUGGGACAAUGGAGGUUGUGUAUUUCCACAUGAAUCCACUGGAAGAAGUUGUUGGCAGUCCUAUAGGACAUUAUUGGAGGAGAAAGUCUCUCACUCUCUUCAGUACUGUUAUGUACAUUGCUCAAGUAUUGGGAGAAACAUGAACAUGUUUAAAUGAAAAAUGUAUCACAUGCUGUGCUGUUCUUUUAACCUUCAGGUUGAAGGACCUGGUCCCGUAUUCACAAAGAGUACUGACAUAAGAUCAGUUUGCCUUUUAGAUCAUAGUGGAAGGAGGUCAUCAUAAUGAUUUGAGAUCAGACGCUGCUAUUCUUGAGACGCUUUUUGAAUACGGGACCCUGAUCCACUUGUGUUCCUUGUCCCCUCAAUAACACUAAUAAAUCAUGAUUUAAUUUAUAGCUAUUUCAUCUUAAAUCACAGAAUUGUUUUCAAAUAAAUAAUUGGGAUGAAUAA